AUGAACUCUUUACAUACUACAUCAAAUAACAACUUGGACCUGAUUAACCUUGAUUCCUUGGACGAUUGGUUAGAAAGCGACCUUCGUCAAUCUGGUAUCAUCUUGCCUGCCAAGCCUAAUGACAAGUCCAUCAUGACUCCUGCCACGCCUGUUACUCCUGCUCAAAUCCUCAUGGCCUCUCCUCCAAUUUCUGAAUGCACACCCCGUAUGGACCCUCUGCUGGAACUAUCUACUCCCAAGAUCAAGUAUGAGCCUCUCUCUCCCAUGGAAACUCCCAAGAUUGAACCUCAAGACCUUUGCAAUAACACAACAACUUCAAUUGACAUUCAACCAUUUAUUAAGGCACUUUCACUAUUAAGUUCAAUUCAACAUCAAGACAAACAACAACAACAACAACAACAACAACACCAAGCACAACAACAUACACAACAACACAAGCGUCAAAGAAGCGAGUCGAUAGAUGAAGACCAGCCUCAAGAUUUGGUAGCUUUAAAACGACAAAGAAAUACCGAUGCAGCAAGAAGAUCUCGCCAACGCAAGGCUAUGAAGAUGGACUCUUUGGAGAAGCGCGUGAUGGAUUUGGAAGCCGAGAACGAACGUUUAAGGUUGCGUGCUGCAGUGGCCGAGAGUGAGCGCGCCAACAUUGAAGCCAAGGAGAAGAGAAGUCGAGUUCGAAUUUUGGAAUUGGAGAGACAGCUUGCCGACACCCACAGAUCAUUAUUACGACACAACAAUAAGGACUCAACGACAGCAAUGACAGUAAAGGUUUAA